AUGACUUCUAACGUUGAAAUGUCUUUUCAUCCAGUAGUGAGUAACACAGAAAGCGGUUCCAAAGUUUCUAAUGCUAGGAGUAAGGCUAAACAAAGAAACAACAGAGAUUACUAUUCAAGAAAGAAAGGAGAUUUAAAGCAAAAACGUGAAAAGAAGAAAAUGGCAGAUAGGCAAAAUUUAAUGCGUAUUAAACAGCUUGAAGAUUUCAUUAGGGAAAAUGGUCUCGUUGUCCCUCAUCCAUGUUAUUUUCUUGAAAAUGAUUCCUUUCGUUUUGUAUCUUGCCCAGAUGACUCACUCGUGAAUCCGAACAUUCCCAUGACACCCGAAGCAUCAGAAAAUGCUAAUUUACCAAGUAUUCCUUCGGAUUUAAGAAAUAUUGGUUCGGAACCAUCGAUCGCAGAUAAUUUCGAUUCUCUUAACAAUCACACGUCUCAUCACGAGCCUUUUUUAGAUGUUUCAAAUGAAUGGAGAAAACAAUAA